CUUGUUUUGUCGACGAUGGCGACGAUGCGGGCGGGUCGGAAACCUACCGACGUGGAGGUGGAGCUUAUGAGGGAGGCUCGGAGCAAGCUCGCCGAGCUCUGCGUAGGGCUCGCGCCGAAGGAUAUCGUUGGGAGGGAAGCGAUUGGGACGGUGAUUGAGGAUCUUGGAUUGAACGGCAGGGUUAGGGAUCAGAGGUUAGGGUUUCGAACUCCAAAGAUGUCAAUUGCUGAGAGGUAUACGCAUGCUAAGUGGAAGAUGGAAGAAGCAAAGAGGUAUGCUGCACCUUCUACAACGUACACAUCUCAGCCUGUGCAACCAAGUACCAGUGUAACAGUUGACAACCGUGUGGCUCCACAUGGUGUUCGUGUAUUUCCACCUGAUAAUUCAAGCCACAUAGCGAUCCCUUCUUCGGCAACAACGGUGUCCAUUCCUUCUCAUGUUUCUGCAGGAUCGUCUUCUACGUCGCAAUAUCAGGCGACUAGCAAUGAAGUAAGACCACCUAUGGUUUCUGGUGCAAUACCUAGCACUCAUCUCGGGAGAAAUUCAUCUCCGAUGGUAGUGCCUAAACUUGAAAACCCACAGGUCAGAGCUGAUGGAGGAUCAAAUGGGUCUUCUUAUGUGCUUAGUAUACCAGCAAAUUCUUCAGCAAACCAACCUUUGGCAAAUGCUCCACCAUGGUCAAUACAGACUCAAUCUGUGUCGUUAGCUAGAACAGCAUUGGAAAACAAGGUGCCUGCUCAUAACACUGUCAAGGUACAAGGAACAAGUGAUGUAGCUUCUUCAAGGGCAGGUUCACAAAUAACAGCAGAUCAGAGCUUUAGGCCAUUUAUUACUCAAACAGCACCUGUAAACUUGUCUACUAUGCAACAGUCUUUCCAGGGUAUGAACGUUGCUCAGCCUCCUUCAAUUCCUACUCAUGCUGAAAUUGCAAAGAUUGUCCAGAAAUUGUUACAACCAAAGCUUCCUGAGCAUCCGACAUGGACUCCUCCAUCAAGGGAUUAUAUGAAUAAGGCUUUGACAUGUCAAGUGUGUGAACUCACUGUCAAUGAGGUUGAUACUGUGCUACUCUGUGAUGCUUGUGAAAAGGGAUAUCACUUGAAGUGUUUGCAGCCCUCGGUUUUAAGAGGAAUUCAUAAUAGAGUGGAUUGGCAUUGCAUGAGGUGUUUGAAUUUAAGCGGUGGAAAGCCUAUACCUCCAAAAUAUGGCCGUGUCAUGAGAUCAUCAAACACACCACCGAAAUUGCCCACUACGGUUGGAGUUCAGCAACCUUCUGAGAAGAAAACAGGGAGCUUAGAUCCAAAGGUCAGCCAGCAGAAUUUAACAACAAAUGGGAGCACUGCUCCAAUAGUUGCUACCAGCAAUGUCAAAGUUGAGCCACCAUCUGAUUCAAAGACUCCUGGUACAAAGGAUAUACAUGGUACCGGAUCAUCCAACAUGGAACAUAUUGAUCAGAAACCUGACCCAAACAUCUCUAUGAAAUCCCUUAAUGCAGCUUCUGUUCCUUCCAUUGACUUUCCUGGUGAAAGUUCUGCUCAACAAAUUAAUCCUGAGCCUUCAACCUGUAAAGAGAGUUCAACCUCUAAAGAGUGUUUCGAUUCCAAGACCCUUCCUAAAUUAUCUGAGCCAGGUGAAUGUGACAAUUUGCAAUCAUCACAAGACUUUCAAGCUGAGCAGAAAGUGUCACAGGGCAAUGCUGUAGUAUUAUCGGAUAAAAAAGUUGACAGUAGUUUAAUGAGUAAUGAACAAAAGGAAUCACAAUCAGGAGAAAGCUCAACUUAUGAUACCAAGCGAGAUGGCCAAGAUGUUGCACUAGCAAACUUUGAUGGGAGUUCUGGAACUAAUGCUGAAGUUAGACAACACUGUGCGUUAUCUUCAGAUAGCUCGCAAGUUGUAGAAUGGAUUGGUGAUGUUAUACACAUUGUUGAUGAGAAAAAGUUUUACAAAUCUUGCUGUGUUGAUGGAGUGACAUAUAGGCUUCAUAGUCAUGCUCUUCUCCCAUCUGGCCAUGGCAAAUUAGCACCUUCUAAACUUCAGUCUAUGUGGGAAGACUGCAAAACUGGGUUAAAGUGGGUUAAGGUGACGAAAUGCUACUUUCCUGGUGAUUUGCCUGGGAACAUUGGUCAUCCGUGUAUAUCCGAAGUUAAUGAGGUUUAUGAAUCUAAUAGUGAAAGAACUGAAAAGGCUAGCUCUAUUCGAGGUCCAUGUGAAGUCCUUCCAUCUGAUAAAUUUAAUCAAGAAAACGACAGACGAAAUCAGUUGGGAAUUGAGGCAAAUGCU